AACAUCCACGCCUUAAUAAUUCACGCGCGUGUCGAGACGCUGUUUGUUUAACCUGACGAAAGCAGGAUUAGCAGAUCCGGGUGCAGCUUUCGUUAAAAAGCCCGAUAUCAUCACCAUCAUCGCCAGUGGAGCUGACAUUGUCUUCUUUAUUGAUAACAUCAAGGAGCUUUAAUUUAUUUCGUCCUUUGGUGUGCUACCUGAGGUGGAUGUAUCGCCAGGUGCUCGUGCUCGCGGUGUUCGCCGCUAUUCUAUGCGGGUUUCCAGCAUCAUGCGCUCGUAAUUUAAAUUACAGACCAAUCAUCGGAAUUUUAGCCCAGGAAAACCUAGAGGACGACCCUCAUGCACAGGGAUCUUCUUAUAUAGCUGCAUCAUAUGUGAAACACUUGGAGUCAGCUGGUGCCAGGGUUGUACCAAUCCGCAUAAAUCGCACAGAGGAGGAGUAUGAAAAACUAUUCAACGCAAUAAAUGGUUUGUUGCUACCUGGAGGGAAUGUGGACAUUGAAAAGUCUCAGUUUACCAGAGUGGCGAAGAUUUUCUAUGAACUUGCAAUAAAGGCUAAUGAUGCUUCGGAUUAUUUUCCGAUCUGGGGCACCUGCCAGGGCUUGCAGCAGCUCACGGUUCUGACCAGCAACAAGAACUUGUUGACCUUGACCGACACCAAAGCAGUCACCCUACCGUUGACCUUCAGCCCAGGAGCCCAAAACAGCAGGUUGUUCAAAAAAUUUCCAAAGGAUGUUCUUCAGUCUCUGGCAGAAGAAAACAUCACGUCUAAUUUCCACAGCUGGAGCUUGUCCAUGCAGAAUUACAGUGGCAAUGCCAAGCUGAAGCGUUUUUAUCGAGUCCUGACCACAAACACAGAUGGCAGGAAAGAGUUCAUUUCCACCAUGGAGGCGUCUCGAUAUCCCUUCUACGCUGUGCAAUGGCACCCAGAGAAAAGCCCGUUUGAGUGGAUUGAGAAAGCUGGUAUGGUGCACACCCCCUCAGCUAUCAAAGCCAGUUUCUACACUGCCCACUUCUUUGUUUCUGAAGCAAUGAAAAACCAUCAUCGUUUUUCUUUGCAAAGUGAGGAGGAAAAGGCUCUGAUUUACAACUAUCAGCCCGUCUUCAAAGGCCUGGACAGCAUCUUCUUACAAAAUUACUACUUCGAUUAAGUGUUCAAGUCAUUGCUCUUGGUAUUCACCAUGGCAAGAAAAUUAUUUUUUAAUUUUGUUUUUAAUGUUUUUAUUUCUUUCCUCACACUUUGCCAAAAUUUUAUGUUUGGAAUGCUGGGAUGUAUUUUAAUGUUCAUGCUUCUAAUGUAGCUCUUGAUUGUAGAUUCUGGAUGUGAUGUGAAGUGUUCUAGAAUCAUCAUGACUGAAUGUAUUAAAGCAGUUAUAUCCAAUUCAGAAGAAUCUUCUCGUGCCAUCGUUUAGAAGUUAAACUCUGUCAUCGUUCACAGAGCUCACAAGCAUGAUCAAUGCGAUGUUAAAAUGUCCUAUUGCUUUAUACAUUUUAAGUAAAAUAAAAUGGAUUUAAACUGUU